GCAGAGACGCACAGGAAUGUGUUCUUACGCAAUAAAGCUCCAGACGCGUCGCGUUUACUCCGCUGGGCGGGGCUCAGGGCGCUGCGUCCAGCCAAUCACCGCGUCGCUGCUCGACCCGUCUGCCCCUCUCUCUCUCUCUCUCUCUCUCUCUCAACUACUGGAGAAGCAGCGCGAGCGGAGGAAGAGGAGGAUGAGGAUAAGGAUGAGGAUGAGGAUGGAUGCUAUACCGUGUCGUCUCGUGUUUUUAGCCCUGUUCUUUGGAGCCAGGAUCCAGCACACAGAAGGCUUACAGUGCUUCUGUCACCGGUGUCCGAACCACACGUGUGUCACGGACGGCCUGUGUUACGUGUCCAUCACUAAAUCCGGCGGAUCGACCACACAGCAGACCUCGUGCAUCAGUGAGAACGAGCUGAUCCCUCGAGACCGGCCCUUCAUCUGCGCUUCCUCCACCAAACACGACUCCGGCAUCUACCCCAUGUGCUGCAACACCGACUGGUGCAACAAGAACCCUGACCCCAGCACCUUCACCUUGCCGACACAGAAGCCGCCGGUGUUGGGGCCCGUAGCGUUCGCGGCUCUGAUCGCGGGGCCCGUGUGUGUGGUGUGCUUCCUGAUGGUCACCGUCUUCUACAUCUGCCACAGCCGCUCGGUCCUCCAUCACCGUGUGCCUAACGAGGAAGACCCCUCCAUGGACCACCCCUUCAUCACCGUCGGGACCACCCUCAAAGACCUGAUCUACGACAUGACCACGUCCGGCUCCGGCUCUGGGCUCCCUCUGCUGGUGCAGCGGACCAUCGCCAGGACCAUCAUCCUGCAGGAGAGCAUUGGGAAGGGCCGCUUCGGGGAGGUGUGGAGGGGCAAGUGGAGAGGAGAGGAGGUGGCCGUCAAGAUCUUCUCGUCCAGAGAGGAGCGCUCCUGGUUCAGAGAGGCUGAGAUCUAUCAGACCGUGAUGCUGCGGCACGAGAACAUCCUCGGCUUCAUCGCCGCUGACAACAAAGAUAACGGCACGUGGACGCAGCUGUGGCUGGUGUCAGACUACCACGAGCACGGCUCUCUGUUCGACUAUCUGAACCGCUACACGGUGACGGUGGAGGGCAUGAUCAAGCUGUCUCUGUCCACGGCCAGCGGUCUGGCGCACCUGCACAUGGAGAUUGUGGGGACACAAGGCAAGCCUGCUAUCGCUCACAGGGAUCUGAAGUCCAAGAACAUCCUGGUGAAGAAGAACGGCACGUGCUGUAUUGCAGACCUGGGUCUGGCCGUGCGUCACGACUCUGCCACAGACACCAUCGACAUCGCUCCCAACCACAGAGUGGGCACCAAACGGUACAUGGCUCCAGAAGUGCUUGACGAUUCAAUAAACAUGAAGCAUUUUGAGUCUUUCAAGAGGGCAGACAUCUAUGCCAUGGGGCUGGUCUUCUGGGAGAUUGCCAGCAGAUGUUCUAUCGGAGGCAUUCACGAGGACUACCAGCUGCCGUACCAUGACCUGGUGCAGUCGGACCCGUCGGUGGAGGAGAUGAGGAGAGUCGUGUGUGAACAGAAGCUACGGCCCAACAUCCCAAACAGAUGGCAGAGCUGCGAGGCUCUGCGUGUGAUGGCUAAGAUCAUGAGGGAGUGCUGGUAUGCUAACGGAGCGGCUCGUCUCACGGCGCUGCGCAUCAAGAAGACACUGUCCCAGCUCAGCCAGCAGGAGGGCAUCAAGAUGUAGAGCUUUCCCAUCAUCCUUCAGGGUCUUCACCAGAGGACACAGCACUUUCACUGAACCGCGCCGGACUCCUCUCUCACGGAGCGUCGUGCGGACCACACAUUCUGUUUUUAUUUAUACGUGGAUCUGAGUGUGGUUUGACUGUCUCUGUGGGACAGGGUUUGCUCCUGUUUAGUUUCCGCUCAUCGCUGCAGCUCUUCAGGUCGUAGGACUUUAAAUACACCUUUUCUGUUCCUGCAAAAAAACAAAACUGGACAUGACCUCAUUCAGUCCUGGCAAACAUGCUGCGACAUAUGCAAUACAGAUCGACUUUAUAUUUUUACUGCUCUGCUACAACGACUACGACCACAACCAUGCCUUCCAAGCCAGGUGUAACCAGAAAGUGCCACUGCUUUGAACCAACUAACAACCAACCGACCAACUAACUAACCUGCUGGUGCCAUCCUUCAUUCUCUGAAGCAACCGUCAGACCUCUUCAUCAGCGCUGGAGCUGCUCUGCAUCCCGAGGAGGUGGAGGUGUAGCCCAAACAUACGGCUGCAGUCACACAGGACAUGGAUAUUUACUAAGCCAUAGAAUCCAGCAUUGUGUGGCCACUUUUCUAAUAGAAUGGUCAAAAUAUCAAGGAGUGCUUUGAAACUGUUACGAGCGAGCGUUAAGGGACCAGCGGUGUGUGUGUGUGUGUGUGUGUCCAGCACAGAGAUGUAGCAGCGCUUGUGUGUGUGUGUGUGUGCGUCUGUGAGCCGCUGGUGAACGAAGAGUGAAACCAGAUGGUUUUCUCAAGGCAUCAGUUUCGGCUGCUUCUGUUAGCAUGCAGCUUGAGAUAGUUCUGGAUGAGAUGAGUUUCAGUGAUCAGAGUCAGAUCAGAGGCGCUGCAUGAGGAAGCAAUGUUCAGACACAGCACAAAACAAACCUGAUAUAAACUCAUAAAUCACGCUUACAAAUCACACUGACAUUUUUGGAGGAUUUAAAAAUUGUACAUUUAAACAUUUUGUCAAAACACUAACACUACCUGUCAAGAUUUAUGUUUUUUUAAAAGAAUUAAUUUCUGUUCAUCAAGCCUGCAUUUUAUAGAAUCCAAAAUACAGCAAAAUCAGUAAUAAUAGUGAAAUAUUAUUCUAGAGUAAAUCAUCUGUUUUCUGUGUGAAUCUGUGUUAAAGUGUAAUGUAUUUCUGUGAUGCUCCGCUGUAUUUUCAGCAUCAUUCCUCCAGUCUUCAGUGUCACAUGAUCUUCAGAAAUCAGAAUAAUAUGAUGAUUUACUGCUCAAGAAACAUUUCUGAUUAUUAUCAGUGUUGAACAGAGAGAUCAGCAUUUAUCUGAUCUUAUAUAGCAUCUGAUCUAUCUUAAAUCAUUGUAUAUUUAUUAUUAAAUUAUGAAAUAUUAUAGCAAUUAGUACUUUUUAUUUAGCAAGGACUGGACUAAUGAUGCUAAAAAUUCAUGAAUAAAUUACAUUUUAAAAUAAAUUCACAUAGAAAGAAACAUUAGAGAUCUUGCUGUCCAACAACCUUUGACUGGUAGUGUGAUUAUUAUUAUAUGAUCAUGAAUAUUACUGGAGCUGGAAAGAAGCGUUGUGGUCUGAAACAUUGAGUUCCUCUGAGCACCUCGCUGUGUUUCUGACUGAACUCAUGAAUGCUGGGAGUCUCGUCUGCAGUGAGGGUCAGUAAAGGUGCUUCUGCUCUUCUGAUGUGAAGGAUCUCACGAUGAGGAUGCCACACACUUCUGAGAGAACACACACGUUACAUGUAUAUCGUCUGUGUAAUGUUAGUCAGGCUGGUGGCUGUACAGUUUCAGAAGGAGGAACACAGAAGCUGUCAGAGGAGGACGAGGGACGGGUUACAGAUCGUCAGCUUCUUCACCAAACUCAGACUCAUUUAUUCAUGCUCACGCUCUUCCAGACCUGUGAAUGAGGUCAGGGUUAUCACAGCUCACUAGAACUAGACGUCAAAGAAACUCGAUGUACUGAUAGAACUAAAACUCAAAUAAUAAGGGCAUUUAAAAACAACAAAAAAAUAAUAAUGGAAAUAAAUGACUAAAACUUGAACUAAUUAAAUGAAUGAAAACAAAAUGAGAAAAAUACAAAAAUGAAAUGUGGAAUAUGAACAAGAUUUCUCCAUGACACUAAAGUAUUCCGAGUCUUUCUGAGUGUAGACAUGAACUCUAGCUCCAGUGAAGUGAUUCUGAUUCAGUGAAGUGAUUCUGAUUCUCUGAGUGUAGACAUGAACUCUAGCUCCAGUGAAGUGAUUCUGAUUCAGUGAAGUGAUUCUGAUUCAGUGAAGUGAUUCUGAUUCAGUUAAGUGAUUCUGAUUCAGUGAAGUGAUUCUGAUUCAGUGAAGUGAUUCUGAUUCAGUGAAGUGAUUCUGAUUCAGUUAAGUGAUUCUGAUUCAGUGAAGUGAUUCUGAUUCAGUGAAGUGGUUCUGAUUCAGUGAAGUGGUUCUGAUUCAGUGAAGUGGUUCUGAUUCAGUGAAGUGAUUCUGAUUCAGUGAAGUGGUUCUGAUUCAGUGAAGUGAUUCUGAUUCAGUGAAGUGAUUCUGAUUCAGUGAAGUGAUUCGGAUUCAGUGAAGUGAUUCUGAUUCAGGAUUCACAUCGAUCAGAGCAUGGUUUGGAUGUGUGCAGCAGAACUCCUCCAGCGCGUCAGACUGAUUCAUGAUUCAUGAGGGAUCUGCAGCAUCUCUGAACACACACGGCUCUUUCCCUCAUCCUCGCUCUCCAGGCUCUUAUUACAGUUUAAUUACAACGCUAUGCUGUUCUUACACAGACACUGUGAAGAAGACCCUCGAGGGAGGAUUCUGGGUCGAGUUUCCCAUGGUGCAUUUCACUCGGACGCUGCGUGCUGCUGAUUGGACGGAAGAGGAACGCUUUAUCAGUUUAUUUGGUGCCUAAGUCUGAACUCCACUCAGAAUGAUGCACGGCAUGAGAUUACUUCUAAUGUUUGCAUCACUUGCUUUGUUUUAAAUAUAUACAUAUGCAUAUAUAUAUAAUAAAGGAUAAAAAGAUUUAAUUUGAGUAGGUUUUAAAAGGUCAGAAGUCAUGAGAAAAUACCUCCUCUGAAGACCAAUGUGUUUAUACCUCAGUGUGUAUAUCUGAUUGUGUUAUUGUCCUGACGGUGUAUUCCUCUCUCAAGUUUCUUCUGUUCUGUGUGGAUCACUGAUGUUCCUGUCCUUUAAUUCCUCUCAGCUGUAUAGAAAUGCCUCGUACUGUUUCUUUUACAAAAAACACAAAACACAAAAAACCGAUAGAGAUGUAAAGCAGGAGUGUAAGGAGUGAGUGUGGAGUGUGUCUCCAGCUGAUCGCUUCAUGAUGGGGAUUUCUAACGUAGUGGAGUAGAGAUGGUGUUAAUAAAACACAUUCAACUUUUCCACACACUUCUCUCUGGCUUUACUUCUCCUGGAUCUCUUCCUGCUCAAGAUGAAGAAGUGUCUUGUUUUAUCGCCCGGUUCAUCCAGUAGCUCAGAUCAGAUUCGGCUCUGUGUGUAUGUGACAUGUAUUUUAUUUACAUUUUGUGUUAGAAGACAUAAACUCAUUUUAUAAAAAUAACUGCAAUGAUCUGAAAUAUAUCAUUUGUACAUAAA